AUGGCCCAAGAGGACAGGAAAGUCAGCUUUGCAAAUGCUGAUGAAUUUUUUACUUUGGAUCAUGCAGAAACUUUCAAUGUAAGCGAAGGAAACCACUCGCCAAUCCCCCAAAGCUGUUGUGAAAUUUGCGAAGAUAGAGUUCCAGCUAUCUGGAUCUGUGUGGACUGUGACCAAACUCUUUGUGAGAAAUGUAAAAACGCACACCUAAAGAGCAGGGCAUCCAUCAACUGUAAUGUUGUGUCAAUAUCCAUGAAAAAGAAGUAUGCGUUCGAAGAAAACAGUUGUCUUUUUCACCCGCGGGAAAUAUGCCAGCAAUUCUGUCGAUCGUGUAACAGAAGAGUCUGCUCCAAAUGUGUAGCUCUUGAGCACAACAAACACAGCUAUGUAGAUCUGGACGAAGUCGUCCGAGAGAAAAAGACCAACCUUCACAAGAGAUUGGAUCGACUGAGGAAGCAGGACCUCCCGGAGAUAAGAAUCCGCACCUCCAUACUGCAGAGGAAUCAGGAAGAAUAUUCAAAGUCGGUCCAAAACCUGGUCCACGAGAUUUACAAACGACACGAAAUAUGGAAAAGAAAGGCAGAAGAAAUCAGAGACAAAGUUUUACGAGAUAUCAAGAAAACAGAGAAAGAUGACAUGGAAACAAUGAAGCGAGCUAGAAAUUCUCUCGAAAAAUCGUCCAAUGAGAUGGAACUGCUUCUGGAAAACUUGGAGAAAGAAAUCGACGUCAAAUCGGACAGGAAAUGUAUCAACUUCUGCGAUAACGCAGAAAAGAAAAUUGAUCGUCUAGUUGUGCCGAAGAAAUUGGAUCCACCUAAACCACCAAAGUUUGUGACGAUGGCAUUUAGCACAAGUUUGAUGACUAGGCAAUUUGGUUUACUGGAACCUCAAAUAAAGGUGAUAAAACCCAAACCAGAAAAACCUAUUAAACUUCCAUCGCCUGAAAUGAAGAAGAGGAUUGUGAAAAAUAGACUGGUGACCGUUGUGUACACCCUGCAGACACCCGGGAACAUAUUCAGUGUGUGUCCUGUUGGUAAGGGCACGGCGUGGAUUGGAGCGGGCCACAGUGACAAGUCUGUCAGGAACGGAUCUCUGUUCCUGGUGGAUGUGGACGGCAAUACCACCAUGACUCUAAAAACUGGUUACAACCCGCUCAGUCUCGCCAUUACAAAAUCAGGAAACAUCCUCUUCUGCAGCGGAUUUCGGUGUCGUCUGGUUGAUUUCAAUAAUUCUGGUAAAAUAACUAUCUUCAAUGAUAAAGCUACAUACACCAAAGGGGUGACCACAACAAAAGAUGACAACCUGCUGGUCUCCUAUGUAAACGACGGGAAGAUCAUACGGAUGUCCACAAGCGGUAAAAUUCUGGAGACCAUAGAAAAUGAUAACAAAGGACAUAAACUAGUGGAAUCGCCACUCUCUGUGAAAGAGAAUAUGAAUGGUGACAUCUGUGUCAUAAAUGGGGUAUCUGGAAAAUACCUAACGGCAAAAGGAAAAGAGCUGGUCUGUCUAACUGAAGGCAAAAUUAAAUUCAAAUACUACGGCAAUACUACUACACAAGCUUCAAUAAAGCCUACCUUCAGUGAUAUUUCAUGUGAUAAGAAAAGUAACAUAUUUAUAUCAGAUUACCAUAACGACUGUGUACACAUGCUGGACAAAGAUGGGAGGUUUCUGAGAUUUGCUGGGACAAGAGAGGAUGGUAUCAUUAGUCCAGAAGGAAUUGCUAUUGACAACAAAGGAAAUCUUAUGAUCUGUUCCCAAAACCAUCUCAUCUACAUUGAGAACUAUUGA